AUGGCGACCAGCCCGCUGCCCGGCCCCACCGACAUCUUGCUGCCGUCGCCGUCCAGCGCGUACCCGCCGGACCCCAUGAACCAGCCGAGGGCCGGCCACGCCGCCAUGAAGCCCAACCAGGUGGGGCAGGUGAUCCUCUACGGCAUCCCCAUCGUCUCCCUGGUCAUCGACGGGCAGGAGCGGUUGUGCCUAGCGCAGAUCUCCAACACCCUCCUUAAAAACUUCAGCUACAACGAGAUCCACAACCGGCGGGUGGCCCUGGGCAUCACCUGCGUGCAGUGCACGCCGGUGCAGCUGGAGAUCCUGCGGCGGGCCGGGGCCAUGCCCAUCUCCUCCCGCCGCUGCGGUAUGAUCACCAAGCGGGAGGCGGAGCGGCUCUGCAAGUCCUUCUUGGGGGAGAACCGGCCUCCCAAACUGCCGGAUAACUUCGCCUUCGACGUGUCCCACGAGUGCGCCUGGGGCUGCCGCGGCAGCUUCAUCCCUGCCCGCUACAACAGCUCCCGGGCCAAGUGCAUCAAGUGCAGCUACUGCAGCAUGUACUUCUCCCCCAACAAGUUCAUCUUCCACUCCCACCGCACCCCCGACGCCAAGUACACCCAGCCCGACGCCGCCAACUUCAACUCCUGGCGCCGCCACCUCAAGCUCAGUGGCUGUGGAAGAUGCCACGGUGGGAUUCCCCACCACGCUGUUUCCGUGGGCGCGCUUUUUGUGCUCACUGUUGAUAAACCGCCUGAGACUGCCUGUCUGCUCCUAGCCGUUUUCGAUACUGAUCUUAAUCAGAAGAGCAAGGAGAGUAAUCAAGUCAUCUUGCCUACGAAAGAGGACACCUUCUCAGAUAAGAACAAGGAGCAUAAUUUUUUCAUCACAGAUUCAGAGCCUUCAGGAGGAGACUUCUGGAGAGAUAUAGCAGGCGAACACACACAAGAAACCAAUUCACCUCAUUCACUGAAGAAGGAUGUAGAAAACAUGGGGAAAGAGGAACUCCAGAAGGUUUUGUUUGAACAGAUCGACUUACGGAGGAGACUAGAACAGGAAUUCCAGGUGUUGAAAGGAAAUGCGUCUUUCCCAGUCUUCAAUAAUUUUCAAGAUCAGAUGAAGCGGGAACUGGCAUACAGAGAAGAAAUGGUACAGCAGCUACAAAUUAUUCCCUAUGCAGCAAGCUUGAUCAGGAAAGAAAAGCUCGGUGCACACCUCAGCAAAAGCUAA